GGCAGAUUAUUAGCAGCAGAAGGGUCCAGUUCCCCAGGAAGUGGCGCGGGUGGCGCAAAGCUUCCCCAACUCCAACUCCAACUCCAGAUUCCCUCCUCCACUUGCUCCAAGCUUGACACCAACGACCGACGGCAACACCCGAUCGUCACUCAAGGCCGCCAAAUUUGAAUUUCUUUUUUUUUUUUUCACCAUCCAGCGCUCAUGAGACGAGGCUGAGCUUGGAAUGGCGGCCCGCGCGCUGUGCCUCGGACUACCCUCAUCGUAUCAUACUACUACGAUGUGACGGCCCACCCAUCCGCGACUCGUCGACCCAAGCACGUCCUGGCGCGUACAGCUAAUAAGCCCCGUCCCUGACCGAGAUGGAUGAUGCCGCCACCCUGCCCCUCAUCCGUGGGUCCAUCUCAUUGCAAGACGCGCUGCUCGAGGACGACGACAUCAUCCAGAGCCUGGCUUACCCCGAGAAGCGCCUCGAAUUCUGGUACCAGCUGUAUCAAUCUCGACCUUAAAUCGAGCAACUAGUUGCGUCACACCUGAACGUGGCAAAGCCUGACGUGCAAGUUGAAGAUGCGAAGCAAUAGCUCCAUGGUGGCUUCAAUGCCUGCAUUCCGGUUCGCAUCGAAUCUCAUCAGCGGCGCAACGCCGGUCUCCCACAGCGUGUAAUACUUCGACUGCCACUGCCUUAUAUGAGCGGCGAAGCACACGGGCUGGCCAGCGCCGAUGAAACGCUCCGCUGCGAGGCUGCCACGUACCUGUGGCUUCAGGAACGCUGUCCCGAUAUCCCGAUUCCUAAACUCCACGGCUUUGGUCUACCUUGUCUGCAAUCAUUUACCGCUCUGGAAAACGUGCCGUUUUGGAACCGGCUUGCCUGGCAGAUCCGCCGCAUCCUAGCUUGGUUUCGGGGGCGAACGCUCCCGCGCUACUUUUCCCAUCGGCGGCGGCAUCUUGCUGGCCUUGGAUACCUUCUCUUGGAGUAUGUGGAGGAGGGCGAAAUGCUCAGCUCGUCAUGGCAGCGGCGCCGUGACGAUCCAAAGCGACGAGCGAAUCUCUUCCGCGGUCUCUCGCGAGUCAUGGUGCGCCUAGCGAAGCUGCCGCUCCCACGCAUAGGCUCCUGGACAAUCGACGACGAAGGGGUCCUCAGUUUAACAAAUCGGCCUCUUUCUAUCCAUGUUCACAUGAUUGAGAAUGCGGGCAUAUCUAGUGGGAUACCCAGAGACCGCACAUACACGUCCACGGAGCAAUACGUGCUCGACCUGCUAGCUUGUCAGGACAACCGAAUCAGAGACCAGCCAAAUUCUAUACAUAAUGUCGAAGACGGCUACGAACAGCUUGCCGCGUUGACAUCGCUGCGUGCCUGCCUCCCCACCUUCACAAGAGGCUCCCGCGACGGACUAUUCGCACUCUCCCUCACCGACCCGAGUCGCGACAACAUAUUCGUCGACCAGGACUGGAACGUCACCAAGAUCAUCGACCUGGAGUGGGCGUGCGUCCUGCCCGUCGAGAUGACCUCGCCGCCCUCCUGGCUUUCGAGCCAGCAUCUCGACGAGGUAGCCCUCGAGCCGGACGAUUACGUGCAGGUAGUCCAGGAGUUCUUCGAGGCCUCCGCAGCAGAGGAGCGAUCCCGCUACCAGACGGACUCCUUCACGCGCACUAUGCAGGAUGCCUGGAGGACGGGGAGCUUUUGGUACACCCACGCGGUUAGCUCUCCAAGCCUCGUGGCUGCCAUCUUCCCGUACCGCAUACAGCCCUUGUUUGCGAAGCCUCGAGGAUCUGAUGGGGCGAGUUUCGAAAGUGUUGUUGCGCCUUUAUGGGACCGCGACGUGCCUCAGUUUAUUGCCGAGAAGCUUGCAGAGAAGGCACGGUACGCUGAGCGGCUGCGUGAGCUGUUUGCUGUGGCUACGGCACCAAGCGAAGGCGAGUCUACCUGUAACGCUGGCGAUGGAAGCCAAAAUGAGCAAUAGUGGCAGACGAGCACAUUGGCAUGACUGCGAUCGGUUCCAAAAGGCCUCUGGUUUGCCAGAAACUGUUCCAGAAUUUUGCUCAUAGACGGGGGGUACAUCUAAGACCAUAGACAACGACACCUCAAAAUCACGAAUACGGAGCGUCGUCUGCUGCGGUGGCAGACUCUUCGGGAUGAUUCGGUUGGAGAGGCACGCCUCCAAGUCUAUCAGAAAUACAUAUUGCAAUCUUCAUGCCGUCCCCUGCCAUUGGCGUCAGCCGCUUGUCUCCAUCUUGCACAACUAGCAGGUCAGGACGCCCCCCGAGUGGAGGCAGGGAGGAGUCGCCGCGACAGGCUCGAUAUGAUUGCAUGCGGUUAUUGACGUAGUGGAGGUGGAGGCGGUGGUUGAGCUAGAAAGAGGGCAGGAAUAAGCCAUAGAAAUCGCGUAGGGAAGGUGCGUGAAGAGGAGAAGGCGGACGAAAGAGAAAGGCAGGUGCGCGGGCGGGCACGCUUGCCCGUGUUGAACGGGCAGCUGCGAGCGAGCCCGCCUACCUGCCUGGCCAGCUGGCCGUGGGACACGUAACAAUUGAAACCUUUCAAAUGUG